UAAUUCUGGAAGAGUUGAAAACUUUGGCUUGUACUCCAAAUGAUUGGGAUGAUUAUGAUAGAGCUUUAGAAAAAAUGUAUCCCUUAAAUCAUAAGUUUAGUGAUUGUGAAUUACAAGCAUGGAAUGCAAUGCUAAGAACUGUGGGUUGUACAAACAUCACUCUUUUCAGUAAUAAAAUUUCACCUUAUAGGUUUUGGACUAGAGCUAUUGAUCCUAAACCUGACAAAAAUAAUAUUGAUUUUUUAUAUAAAUCUGGUUUUUUAAGUGCAUAUCCAUCUUACAAUA